AUGGAGCCACCGGCCAAAAAGCAGAAAAAGCAGCUGAUGGACGAUGACAGCGCUGACGACAGCAGCGACGACGGAGGAGCUCUGUUGGGCAACGGUGAAAAUGUGGGAUUCAAAAUAAACGAGGAGUAUGCCAAACGGUUUGAAUACAACAAGAAGAGAGAGGAAUUUCAUCAGUUGGAGGACAAAUACGGAAAAUCAGUCGGUCUUGGGAAGCGAAAAAUGACAGGAGACUCUUCCGCCGAAUCAGACGGAUCAGAAGACUCCUUGUCCGAGUCUGAAGAAGAAGACGACGAAGGAGUGCUGGCAACCGAAGCCCUCGACCGCGAAAUCUUCGACACCCUGAACGCCAUUCGCUCCAAGGACCCCAGGGUCUACGAUGCCAAUGUGAAAUUCUACAGGGAAAUCAAAGAAACUGAUGAGGAGACGGCUCGAUCGGAUAAGAAGCAGAAGCCUAUGUUCCUACGGGAUUACCACAGGGAGAAUUUGUUGCGUGGUGCAAAUGAUGAGGAGAAGGAUGAGGAUGCGCCAAAAACGUUUGCACAGGAACAAGAAGAGCUAAAACGGGAGAUUAUUAAAGAAAUGCAUAAUAACAGAGAUGAGGACGAGGAUGAGGAUGGUGAUUUUCUCAUCCCAAAGACAAAGCCAACAUUUCCGAAUGCUACUGCUACUGCUACGAAGCCUGUGCAAUUAGAUGUCGAAUCUGCGGAUAAGGAUCCGGAAGCUUUCUUGUCCAACUUCCUGGCUGCCAGAGCCUGGGUUCCUACAGAACGAUCAAACUUCCAGCCUUUUGAAUCUGACGACGAGGAAGAAGAACAAAAUGCGGAGAUUUUUGAGGAGGCCUAUAACUUCCGAUUCGAGGAUCCCAACAAACUAAACGAGGCAUUGGUCACCCAUUCCCGAGACACUACUUCCAAAUUCUCGGUUAGGAGGGAAGAACUAAGCGGCAGGAAGAAGAAAAGAGAGGCUGAGAGGCUAAGGAAGGAAGAUGAGAAGAAGCAACGAGAAGCGGAGCGCAACCGUCUCCGGAAGCUGAAGAUUGAACAUAUUGGAGAGAAGAUUGAGAAGAUCAAGGCUGCGUCUGGGCUUAAGACUUCUGAUUUCAGUGAUGAGGAUUGGGCGCGUUUCCUUGACGAUGGAUGGGAUGAUGCGAAGUGGGAAGAGGAGAUGAGGAAGAAGUUUGAUGAGAAGUACUAUGCUGAGAGGGAGGGUAGUGAUGUCGAGGACGAUGGCGCUUCCGGUAAACGAAAGUUGAAAAAACCCAAGUGGGAUGAUGAUAUCGACAUCAAGGACUUGGUCCCUGACUUUGAUGACGAAGAGGAAGUGAAAAUUCAGCUUAGUGAUAUUGGCAUGCAAGACGAUGGAGAAAAGGACAACUACGAGGAUGCUGACAUGGACGACGAGGACGAGGACACCACUGAAUCCAAGCCCCACAAAGAUAAGAAGAAGGCACUACAGGACAAAAAGGGGAAACAAAAAGAAUCAAGAAAAGAGCGCCGCAAAAUCGAACAGCUCGUCGACCGCAGCCUUGACCUAGACCUUGCCACCGCUCAGCUCCCAGGCUCCUCGAAGAAGUACAGCGGCCUCUUCCGCUACCGAGAAACGUCACCCAUGAGCUUUGGGCUGACUGCCCGAGACAUCCUCAUGGCGGAUGACAGCCAAUUGAACCAGUUUGUCGGGCUGAAGAAACUGGCGUCGUUCCGGGACCCGGAGAGGAAGAGGCGCGACCUGAAGAAGAUGGGGAAGAAGGCCAGGCUACGACAGUGGCGCAAGGAGACGUUUGGAGAUGAGAAUGGCUUCGCUGAAGAGGUUGCGCUGGCUCGGGCUUCGGCUAAGAUACCGGACAAGAAUGUGGCUGAUAAUAAUAGGGAGAAUAGGAGGGAUGGUGGAGGGGGGAUGGAGGUGGAUGUUCGGGAAGGUAAGAAGAAGCGGAAGCGGUCGAAGAAAAAGCACUGA